AUGAGUGACUCACUGGAAAGGACGACAGACUGUCCAGUGUCGCCACUCGCAAAUGGGUCCAGUCUGACUGACGAGAAAGAGAAACCAGGAGGUGCAAGUGAGCUAUGCUGGCAAGAUGGAGGCCUACCUGUGGAGCUGCAGAGAGGGAUGGAAACCCUGAGGGUGAACAGAGAGCUGACCGAUGUGACCCUCUGUGUUCAAGGGCAAGACUUCCUCUGCCACAGGGCCAUUCUGGCUGCUGCCAGUCAGUACUUCAGGGCCAUGUUUUGCAGUGGCCUCAAGGAGAGUCAUGAGGAGCGUGUGGAGAUAAAAGGCUUGGACAGCGGGACCAUGCGCUCUCUCUUGGAGUACACCUACACCAGCCGAGCCCUCCUCACACACUCAAAUGUCCAGAGAAUACUUGAGGCAGCCAGCCAGUUUCAGUUCCUCCGUGUGGUCGAUGCAUGUGCAAGCUUUCUGAGCAACUCUAUUCAUCUAGAGACCUGCAUAGGGAUCCUAAAUCUGGCUGACAGUCACGCUCUGCCCACCCUGAGGACCAGGGCUCAGGACUUCAUCACCUCUCAGUUUUCUCAGGUGGUGCAGCAAAAGGACUUCUUAGAGCUGCCUGCAGAGUCUCUGGAGGCCAUCCUGCAGAGGGAUGACCUCAAUGUGAAGUGUGAGGAGUGUGUCUUUGAAGCUCUGAUGUGCUGGGUGAGAGCCCAGCAAGAUGAACGCUAUCCAUUACUGGCCAGCUUGCUUUCACAUGUGCGGUUGCCAUUGUUGGAGCCGGCGUACUUUGUGGAGAAAGUGGAGUCAGAUGAGCUGAUACGUCUCUGCACUGAGGCUUUCUAUUUGCUGCAAGAGGCUCGCAUGUAUCAUCUUUCUGGUAGAGAGGUGGUUUCAGAGCGAACCAAACCACGAGUGCAGCACUUUCUGUCAGAAGUUUUUCUGAUCAUUGGAGGAUGCACUAAGGAUGAACGCUUUAUUCCCACUGUCACCUGCUUGGAUCCUCUAAGACGCAGCCGACUGGAGGUGGCCCGGUUGCCAAUGACAGAAAUGGAAGAUGAGACCCAAAUCAAGAAGUGGGUGGAGUUUUCUUGCAUCACUUUCCACAAUGAAGUUUACAUAUCAGGUGGUAAAGAGACCCAACACGAUGUUUGGAAAUAUAACGGCGCCCUGGACAAGUGGAUCCAAAUUGAGUCAAUGUUGAAUGGACGCUGGAGACACAAGAUGGCAGUUCAUGGCGGAAAAGUGUAUGCUCUGGGUGGAUUUGAUGGGAUUCAGAGGCUUGCUAGUGUGGAAGCCUAUGAUCCUUUUCACAAUCGCUGGACACAGGUGACACCUCUUGCAGUGGGUGUCAGCUCUUUUGCUGCAGCAAGCUUUGGCAGAUGGAUCUAUGUGAUCGGUGGUGGUCCUAAUGGAAAACUAGCCACAGAUAAAGUUCAGUGCUGGGAACCAGGAACAGACAGCUGGGAACUGCGGGCACCCAUCCCUAUAGAAACCAAAUGCACCAAUGCUGUUACAUUCAAGAACUGCAUCUACGUCGUUGGUGGUGCCAUGCACGCCAUGUACUGCUACUCCCCUCUGUCCGACUCCUGGUCCCUGGUGGCUCGUCUGGGGGAGAGGGCAAGUUGUGCCAUCGCAGCCUGCAACAACAAACUUUUUAUCACAGGGGGGAGGGAUAACAAGAACCAAGUGAUUUCCACGGUGAUGUGCUGGGAUGUGGAUCGAGGGGUGUUGACAGAGGAGUGUGUCCUACCGUUGGGCGUAUCUCAUCAUGGCAGUGUGACGCUCAUGAAGUCUUACACGCACAUUCACAGAGUCACACCUUCGUCAGAGUGCCAAUGACACAAGCUUUCAUGUACCAGACUUUAGUUUUGCUACAGCAAGUAAGAUAUCAAAAUGAUGCAGGGAAAGUGUAUCUUUUUCAUUCACUUGCCACUUUACCAUGAGAUAUUACUGUGUUUGUACUAAUGUAAGCAGUGAAAGUUUAAAAUAUAAAUAUAUAUUUUCUUGAGCUCUAUUCUGAUUAAAAAUAACUGUUAAUAUCUUUCCUUGAUUUUGUGUUCUCUGGGGUAUAAAUAUGUGUAUUAAUGACAUUUCAGCAGUAAAGAUUAAUCUUAACACAAUGAAUAUGAUUUAAUAGCAAUUUAUUUCAGCAAUUCAAUUCAAAAGACAAUUUUAUUUUAAUCUUGGUCUUUGAAUCAUUGAGCAACAAAUCAUUGUCCUUGUUUUCAGGGUUUUUUUCUCUCUUCCCUCACCUUUUACUGUUGACUCUGCACCUUAAUUUAUUACAGAUUUUCCUUCCACUAAACUUUCCCUUAAUUUGCUUAGAUGCAUGACUGUGUGAGCAGCCAGCUUCUUUUACCUUUUUUCUGCUUAGUGUCUGUUUGUACCCUGUUAAUGACUGUCUGCUGGACAUCUGUCAAGUAAGCAGUCUUUCCCAUGAUUGUAUAAGUCAUGUGUUAGGUUCCUGUAAUAUAUAAACAGCUAUUUGUUUUUUACCUAUUUCUACUAAAUAAAGUUAUGAAUUACACUU